CUUUUCAAAGUCACCUGCACCUGGGUACCUGCUUGUAGUGAUUGGCAAAUGAAGCUUUGGUGAAGCAUUGAACCAUUAGGCACAUUUAGAAGUACUGUACUGUGCAAAGGUUAUAGGUAUUUGUCUUAACACGGUUAUUUUCUAUUCUGCAUUAGUGAGUGAAUAGGAAAUAUCACAUAUAGAUUUUCAAAACAUUCUUUUUGAAAAUGGUAAAACGGUUUAGGUAUUUUUGGUUUGGCAUUGUUGUUCAUGGAAAAACUAUUCAUGUCAUUUUAAAAGCACUUUACAGCAUUGUUUCAAGCAUACCUAAAACUAUUACUGCACAUUCAAGCAUACCUAAAACUAUUACUGCACGUCAAAUGUGGCCUAGCAUUUGUACAUAGCAGAAGUGGAUGACACAGACGCACAAAAACACUUAAAAUCACAGACCAAUUGACCAAUUGCUAGGUUACCAACACCUAGCAGGGAGAACCCAAUAGCCUGUAAGCUGAGUAAACAUGUUUCAGAGACAGUCUGGCAUAUAUGACAGUAGGAUGUAAGGUGCACGUGGAAACAUCUAACAUUGAGGAUCCAAGAAACAGCAAAAAUAUCAGGGGCUGAGACAGCAAUUAAAAGAAUAUGAACACUGAAGCCAAAACUUACUCCAGUUUUUGUAGGAGCACUUGGGGCUGUGACCCAUAGAUUAAGAGUCCCUUGAACAAAUCUCAAGAAAAAAAAUCCUCAUCAUCCUAUAAAGAACUGAAGAACACAAACUGUCUAUUCAAUGUCUCACUUCAACACAAUGCAGAACGUUGGCUAUUCUACACUCUAGUCACCAGGUGGCGUGCAGAAUUGAUACACAAUUGAGAUAUAGAUAAUUGUAGUCAAAAUUAGGUUACAGCACGUGAAAUAUGUGAUUGUAGUUGAUAGGAUAAUAUGGCUGAUAUUUUUGCCGAGACAUUUAGGACAAAUGAAAGAUACCGGUUUAUUUACAACAGGAAGUAGCCUACAGAGUGGGUUACUAUAGUGGUUAGUUCAAUCGCGCGAAUCCCGCCUCCUCUGCAAGGAGAGUUUGACUUGAGACGUCGUCACUUGAGAUUUCCUCGAGAUGUCCUCAAUUUGGACAUUCGUAACUACAGGGAACGUUCGUUUCACGAGGCAGGAUUAUUAAUCAGACUUUAUGGUCUCAGAGGACCUAUAAGGGUACAUGACGAUGCCCAGAAACAGUAGCGCAGGCAAAAGAAGAGGUAGAAGGUGGAGGGAAACACAGGAUAUCAUCUGUAUGCCUGCUGUUACAGUGAAGAUCGAUAGGCACGCUCAGAGAGACUGAGCAUAUCUGAGGAGAUCAGUACCGCCAAACACAAGGUUGUGAUUCACAGUUCCCCAUGGCGGACAACCUCCCCUCGGGGCUUGUGGAGGCCUGUGUGGUUGUUGGAGCGGCAGGCGACAAACUGAAACAGUUCCUUCAGACUCUACCUCAGGCUCGUGACAAAGAGUUCCCCCUGCUGGAGCCCGAGGUGCUGCAGGUGCACGCGCCGCCCUUCGUCAGCAAGCAGAGCUCCAGCGAUGGCCCUAGCCACACACCAGCCUUUAGCCGCAUCCAGAAGCGGCGUUCAUUCAUGAAGAAGAAGCGUGAGAGAGCCGCCACACCCCCCAGCGACCCGGCAAAGGGCAACGGCGAACCCUCUGCCAGUGCCACCGUCGCCACCACAGAGGACGUCAGUGUCCCCAAGGACAUUGACCUCAACGCUCUGCCCCAGCUGUGUUUUCCAGGGGGUCUUAAAAUAUCUGAGGAGUGCGGAGAGGACUCUUACCACUUCCUGGUGUUCACAGAUGUGUUUGGGAACCGGACACAUGGUGUAGUGGUGCAGUACCACAGACAAAUACAGAACUCUUUAGAUGGAAAUGGGAACCAAAAUGGUCACUGGACAUCCCCCAAAGGACCCAGACUCUACACAGCAUACGCCAUCUGUAUCAUCUCCAAAUACCCAUAUUACAAUGCCCUGAGGGACUGUCUGUCAUGCCUGCUGAUUCAGCUGCGGACUUGCCGAAUGGCAGACUUCGAGGAGAGGGUGAAGGAGUUCACGGCCAAACUGGCACUGGUACCCAUCCCUCCACCUGGGCAGCUUCAUGUGAUGUUCACCCUCCGACCGCUCCAGAUCAUCCUCCCUUCCCGAGAGGAUAAGGAGCGGCCUGCUGUUGACCUGGACCUCCAUCUGCCCUUCCUGUGCUUCAAGCCCCAGCAGCUCCUGGAGAUCAUCACCAGCAUCCUGAUGGAGCAGCGGGUGGUGUUCGUCUCCUCGGACUGGGCGCGCCUCACCCUGGUGGCCGAGUGCUUCAUGCUCUUCAUCCACCCGCUCAACUGGCAGCACCCCUUCGUGCCCAUCCUCUCUCACCAGAUGCUGGACUUCCUCAUGGCGCCCACCGCCUAUCUCAUGGGCUGCCACGCGCAGCACCUCGAGGAAGUGGUCACGGAAAUGGAUGACCUGAUUCUCAUCCACAUUGAUGAAGGAAUAGUGUUGUCCUCCAGCGCGGACAGCACAGACCUUCCAGAGACUCCCUGGGCUGCCAGAGAGUGCUUCACGAGACGGGUUGAGGGAUUGCAGAUGCACUAUGACCUGGAAACAUGUCGACUGGGUGCAGGCACCGAUGUGAACGACCUCCGGGCCCAGAGGAGGCAGUGGCAGCACAGACUCAACACUGAGAUUCAGAGGAUCACCUUGGAGCUGAUUGUCAACAUCUUCAGAGAUGUGUAUGACCAUCUCAACUAUGAGCACAGAGUCUUCAACAGCGAGGAGUUCUUAAAAUCCAGAGAACCAGCUGAUCAGAAGUUCUACAAGAUGGUUUUGGACACCCACAUUUUCCAUUCCUUCCUGCGAGAUCGUCUGAAUAAGAAAAUGGACGCUUUCUCUCUCCUGGAACGGAGCACAAGAUCGGAUACCUAUAAACUAAGGACCAUGAUGGAUGUACCUCGAAGGGCCAACAUGCAGGAUAUGGCUCGUAACAGCCCAGACAACCGCCUUAAUAAGAGAUUAGGCAUGAGUUUACCCAACCUAGCAGAGCGCUCUCCUGUGGACACUUUCAGAAAGACCUCCCUGAAGAAAGCCCACUUGAACGGAGAAGUCAAGGCGCUACAGAAACCCAUCAAAACCUUUCGUCUCCCCGAGUUUCCUCCGCCGCUCUCCUACGUGUACGUUCAGAACUACUACUCGGACAUGAUCAGUCAGCUGGGGAAGGCCAUGGCCUGCCUGGGCCCGGAGGACUCCUCCCUGCUGGCCCGCUACCACUACAUGCGUGGCUUCAUCAGCUACGUGGCGGGCAAGCGUCUGGACGCGCUGGGCGACUUCCAGAACCUCUACAAGACCGACACGGACAUCUUCCCGGCGGAGCUGGUGCGGGCGCUGGUGGACUCGCUGCGGCCGGACGAGCGGGCCCUGGCGGACCGGCGGCCCGAGCUCACGCGGCUCAUCAGCCGGGCGAAGAGGGACCACGAAGGGGGAGCGGGCGCGCCCCCCGACCACUUCGCCACCAUCAAGAAGUUCCAAUUGCCACGGACACACCUCCAGCGCGAGGACUUUGUGCGCCGCAUCCAGGAGUCGGGCAUCGUGAAGGACCUGAGCACCAUACAAAGGCUAUUUGAUGCCCUCACUGUGGGUCAGCAAAAGCAGGUGGACCCCGAAGUCUUCCGCUUCUUCUACACCAUCUGGAAGGAGACCGAGUCCGAGGCCCAGGACGUGGACCUGCCCGCCGCCGUCCUGGAGCACCUCGAGACCAACGAAUGUGUCUACAGGCUCUCGUCCUCGGUCAAGACCAGCCAUGGCGUAGGCAAGAUCGCCAUGACCCAGCGCCGCCUCUUCCUACUGACAGAGGGAAGGCCGGGCUAUGUGGAGAUUACCAAGUUCAGAGACAUUGAGGAAGUGAGAAUAUCCUCAGCUCAAUUCCUUCUCCUGAGAAUCCCCUCACUGAAGAUCAAGAGUUCUCGCAGGAAGGAGACAUUCGAGGCCAACCUGAAGUCCGAGUGUGACCUCUGGAGUCUCAUGGUCAAGGAAAUGUGGGCUGGGAGGAAGAUGGCGGAUGAGCACAAGGACCCCCAGUAUAUGCAGCAGGCGUUGACCAACGCCCUCCUGAUGAACGCUGUGGUGGGCUGCCUCCAGUCACAGAAGGCCAUCUUCGCUGCCUCUAAACUGUCUCACUUUGACAGGAUGAAACUGGAAGUGCCCAUGAUGGUCCCCAAAACCACUGCGGAGACCCUGAAGCAUAAGAUCAACCCCUCACUGGAACAAACUUCUCCUCAAGCUGUGGACGUGUUGCUGUACACUCCAGGGCAGUUGGGUGUGUCGGGCACGGACUGCGGUGGGAACCCUAAAUUGUGGUGCGCGCUGAGUGAUGGGAAGGUGGUGGUAUUUGAUGCAGCCAGCUGGUCCGUGCAGCAGAACUCAGUCCAAGUGGGUUCGUCUCAACUGAACUGCAUGCUGGGAGUGAACCAGCAGCAGCUGUGGAUUGGCUCGCAGGACUCGGUCAUCUACAUCAUUAACCCCCGGAGCAUGUCCUGCAACAAGCAGCUGACGGAGCAUCGCAACGAGGUGACGGGGCUGGCCCUGGAGGAGCGUGCCGACAAGCACAGGCAGCUGAUGGCGUACUCGUGCAGCACUGAGGGCACGGUCAUCGUGUGGGACGUGUCCUCGCUGCAGGUGCGCAAACACUUCCGCCUGUCCUGCGACCGCCUCCAGUCUCUGCAAGUGCACAACGGCUGGCUGUGGUGCUGUGCGCGUGACAGCAUCCUGGAAGUGCGUCGGAACGGGACGGUGCAGCGCCGCGUGCCUCUCCCCCCCCACUCCCCCCAGGGCAGCCCCAGCUCCACCCUCAGCUCCAGCUCCACCCUCGGCUCCAGCUCCAGCCUCGGCUCCAGCUCCAGCCUCAGCCGCGGCUCCUACAGCUGCUUCCUGCUGUUUGAUGAGAAAGAGCAGUUGUGGAGUGGUUGCGCAGACGCCGGUGAGCUGUGUGUGUGGUACUGCAAAGACCUCACCAAACCCUUCCACCGUAUCCAGCUGCAGGACUGCGCAGGCGUGCUAUGCAUGAUCAAGGUCAAGAACCAGAUCUGGGUGGGUUGUCGGGGGCGCAGCACAGGGCAGGCUCGGGGAAAGAUCUAUGUGGUGGACACGGAGCGCCACCUGGUGGAGAAGGAGCUGGUGGCGCACAGCGACUACGUCCAGGCCCUCUGCUCGGCCGAGGACCGCUACGUGCUGAGCGGGGCAGCGCAGGAGGACGGCAAGAUCGCCAUCUGGAAGGUGGAGUAGAAUUAAGAAUGUGAAGAAAAAAAACAUUCUAAUUCUGAGAACAUCCAAAGGUGACCAUUAGGGAUGUGCCUGGUGAAAAGAUCGAGUCACUGAUCUCGGAACAGUGAAUGCUCCGUUCUUGAGCACAUACUGGUGGGAUCAAUCCAUUCCAGGGGAUUCUCAGGACAAUUCUGGCAUUGCUGCAGAGCGCAGGGAGGUCUGCAUUAUAAAGUGCAAAAGGGUUAAUCAUGUUCCAGGGUACACAUUAAGGCUUCCAAGGAGAAAUGGGCGUUGAGUUUCUCGAGUGAAAUCCAAUUCACUCAAAGUUCUAUGAAGGAAUCAAAUUGUGUGGACAGUAUGAAUCAGUCAUAUCUGUUUAUAGUUUAAAUUGUCAUGUUUUGUUCUUUGUAAUCUGUGACUCAGUUUCUUAUUUACAUUUCCUUAUUUAUAAGCUGUAGAUUAUUGUUAACAUGUACAUAAUGCAUAGCAUAAUCAUGUUUUUCAUCAUUAUUACUAUUGACGUACACAUUCCUUUGUAUACUUUACAUAUUUUGUACUUUACAUUUUUGUAUGGUUCUCAGCAGUAUUUUUUAAACACAAAGUAGCAAUAAAGCAUUUGUCUUGCAGAUAGUUUUUUAUAGGAUUAGCUCAAGAUAUUUUAGUCUAUAAUGAAAAAAAAGUAUUAUUUGUAAAAACUGAGGAGGAAUAAGGGCAUUAUAGCAGAAUCUUGUUCAUUUUUGUCAAGAACCUUGAUCAUUUCAUUGUAAGUUAUCAGUUUGCUAUUUUGUCCACUAGAGGUCGGUAAAGUACCUGGACAAACAUGACAGUGCUGAGAUGUUUGCCACUUUCCCCCAGUAGGGAAGCUGCAUGAAUUUCACAUGACAGUAAUCUUGAUAAUCUUGAUAACUAUUUUUAUUGAAGACCCUGUCUCCUGUUUAGGGAGAGUUUAGGUUUCAUAGAAACAGUUUUUCUGAUUAACCUACAAACUUUGUUAAGAGCCGUUUCCCCCAGUAGUGUUUUAGGUCAUAUCUCAAAACAUGUCUGAACUGAUUUAUGUUCACAGUGUAUAAUAAUAUUCACCUGUACACCUUUGUGUUUUAAUUUAUUAAUUCAUGUGUCCUGGUGUAUGGUAUAUUACUGCAGUGUAAAAAACUGAUACGCUCGAACUUAAGUACAGUAGAUCUGAUUUCUAA